AUGCUCACAUGCCCCUCUCUUCCUGCAUGUCCCUCAUGUCCCACAAAUUUUCCUUGCCUACCUGAUGACAGCGGCUCUUCUUGGGGUAGCAACUCUGGGUUUCAAAGCCAUUCCGGGUCCCGGAGCGACGGCGGAUCUGGGAGCGUCUCUGGCACCGGAAUAGCUUCCGGAUUUGGAGACAACUCUGGAGUUACCUCGUUACCGUCACCUCUCAACGGUGCCGGUUCGGGUCCAUGUCCUAGUCAGGGUUACUUAUGUGACGACUGCGUCAAUGGAUGGUUCUGUCCACCGCCUCUCACUCCCGCGCUGCCGGCUCCCUGUGGGUACGGAUGGCCAUGCUAUCACUGCUCUAGCGGAUGGUUCUGCAUCCAGUCGCCAACUACCGCUCCCGAAACCGGUACCGCAAAUCCGCCCACACAGGCGACUUCUGGGAAUGCCCCUGUUGGAGGCGCUGUCGUGGAGAUCACCAUUACUUCAACACAAUCUUUGACCGUGUUUGAAACUGCCGCUACAGCCGAAACGAUACAUCCUGCUACAGCAGGUUGGCAAUAUGGGGGAUGCUACAAAGAUGAUACGGUUCGCGCGCUACAGAAUGAAUCGAUCACGGCAAAGGUGAUCGGUGGCAUGACGACUGAGAUUUGCGUUACAUUCUGCGAAACCCUUGAUUACCAUCUGGCCGGUUUGGAAGCCGGCUACAUGUGCUUCUGCGGAGAUGAAGUGGUUGAUUCCUGGCGGAUUGCUGAGUCGGACUGCAGUGUCCCCUGUGAGGGAGAACCUGAGUUUGUAUGCGGCGGAAACCUCGCGCUGAGUAUCUGGAGUAUUACUGGUCGUGUUCCUAAGGCUCCGGGGCCUAAAAUGAACUUUACAUUGCCAACAUUGAGUCCAGGUCAGACGGAAAUGGCGGACUUCACUGGAGCGGUUCGGCAAAGUCUCGUUCCCAUGACAAGCGCAGUAUGGGAAUGGCCAGCAGACGAAGAUGAUCUGAAUGAUGAUGACAUUGGCACCGAGGAAGAAGUCUCUACGACUGCCAUAGUUACCGAUGUGGCCCUCAAGAACAAGCUGGCGAAUCCCACGGCCAUCGACGCGGAGGGCAUCGCAUCCAGUGUCCGCGCUAUUGUUUCCGUUGCCCUGGAUGAAGUCCAAAGGAUGGCUGCAUCCGAAGUUGCAAGAGCAAAGGCCAUGAUUGAUGAAGCACACACGGUCGUUGGCUAG